CCCAAAAUGAGUCUUCAUCGUCCUGAUCACACGGUACCUUAUCCACUCGACAAACCCACUGAACAACUCCAACCCUAUUUGUUAACGUAAGUUUCACCCAACAUGGAACAGCCAGUUCGUCACGGACUCAACGCCGUGCAGAACCCUUCAAGGCGGUUACUCUUCUUGAUCUGCCCGGGCGGGUAUAGUUUUGUCCAACAAUACCCAACCGUGCUCGCCCGCCUGGCCACCUGGGCCCGACUCGUCUGCGUGACCAGCGAAGUCGACUUCGUGACUAGAUGGAACGUCUGGAUCAACGACCCGACGUACCGUGUGGCGGGCUUUGUCCUGGUCGACGGCGCGAUCUUCCAGCCACCGUGUCGAUCUUUGAUGCGGAGGCUGGUCGAGCUCUCGCGUUGCAUCACCCCCUAUCAGCGCCCGCUCACUUCCUCUACGCCCGACAACACUCGCUGGUACGACCAGGCACCCAACCCGGACUUCCGCUAUGCGGUGGCCCUGAACGCCGCCCUCUGGGCCGGCAGUCACCCCACCGAGUUCAACCGCUGGCUGGCCGAGACCUGGCAGAUCAAGUGGGAGGUCACGCCGGGCGUCAGCGCCGCGGCCGCGGAGUUCUCUCUGGGGCGGGUCGCGCGCGAGACCGGGGACCUGAUUGUCGAGGCGUGGUUCGGCGGGGCCUUCGAGUCGCGGGCCGUGUUCGUGACGGGGCCCUCCGAGGACCCCCACGGCGUCUGUGACCGCGACUCGGUCCUGCAGACGUCCGAAGAUGUCCUCCUGCGGACCCCCGAGGAAGCCGACGCAGAGUAUCAAGCACGCAUGGCCGCGCUGCAGACAACGACCGGCCGGUCCGCGUGGGACAGCGGGGUCUUGCUCCCGGAUGUGGAGCCCAUCUACACCCGGAGCACCGACGAGACCCUGGUGACCUAUCCCAUGCGUCCGCUGCAACCGCCCCCGCGUCGUCGUCGUCGGCGAGGAGGAAGAGGACAGCGUCCCCGCAUUCUGCGGGAGCACUGUGCGGUGACGCUCAACGUCAGCGUUCCCACCGAAGCCCCGCAUAGGGCCUUUGCAUUCAUCGGGGUCAUCGACGACAUUCCCGAGGUCGGAGGCCUGAUCCUUGAUGUCUGCAACGUCCACGACGGGGUGAUCCAAUGGACCGCGCCCGAAUUCCCGGUGUCCGAAGCCAGAGACGAGCCAUAUGAUGCGGAGGAUGAGGUCGAGUGAAGGGUAACUCGGCUUCCUGCACUUGGAUUAACUCCGCGUCACUAGACCGUAGCCCAAAACAGAUUUCUGUCUGCUUUGGUUAGAUGUAAGUGGUGAUUGAUGUUUCCUUCGCCGACUGCAUACUGGUGCUAGCCUAUGCCUGUGCCUAUGCCUAUCAACCGUGCAAACCAACCAUCAAGAAAUACAGUCUUGAACCCCAAUAGAACUUCAUCAUAAACAUACAGUUCUCAACCCUUGCUUGAUGAUGAGUAAUAUACAACUUAUAAACCAUCCAGGGCUCAACCAGACAAACCACAUGCGUAGCACCAAGAUCAAACGAAAAU